GGCCCGACCGUGAGGGACACCGGGACACCGGGACAGCGGGACAGCGGGACACCGAAACACCCCCGAGACCGGGACACCGAAACACAGAGACACCGGGACACCGGGACCCCGCCAUGCGGCUGGAGUGGGUCCGCGCCCUGCCCCGCCGCCUCUGGGGCGGCCCCGGAGCGCACGAGCUCUGCCGCAGCCUGUGCCAGCGCCCCGCGCGCGUCCCCAGCGAGGGGACCCCGAAACCCGGCAGGGCCCGGAACCGCGACCCCGAGGAGGGGGGGGACACCGCAGGGAGUGCCACCUCGGGGGGGGACACCGCAAGGGGUGGCACUCCAAGGAAUGCCACCUCCGGGGGUGCCACCUCCGGGGGUGCCACCUCAGGGGGUGACACCUUGUGGGGUGCCAUUUUAGAAGGAGACACCUCGAGGGAUGAUUCCUCAAGGGGUGGCACCUCAGGAGAUGCCACCCCGUGGGGUGACACUGCAAGGGGUGACACCUCAGGGGGUGCCACCUCAGGGGGUGCCACCCCCAAGGCCCCUGUGCGCCACCUCCGCUGGUACCGCUCGCAGCACAAGCGCGGCCGCGGUGACCCCGGUGACCCCGGUGACACCAGUGACACCAGUGACCCCGGCGGUGACCCCGGCGACCCCGGGGCCGCGUUCACAGCAGCACUGCAGCAGCUGGCACAGGCCCCCCCGGGGCGCGGCGGGCGCCUGGCGCUGGUGGAGGCGGCGCUGGCGGCGCUGGAGGCGCGGGGGGUUUUGGGGUCCCUUGGGGGCUGCCAGAGCCCCGAGCAGCGGGAGCUGCUGGCCCGGCACGGCCCCGCCCGCCCGGUGUUCGUGGAGGGGCCGUUCCCGCUCUGGCUCCGCGGGACCCUCCUCAAAUACUUCGUGCUGAGGGGGGACCCCCUGCCCCCCCACCUGCGG